UUUUGAGGGGGGGGGUUCGACUGAUGCAAAUAUUCUAAUUUUUGCAAGAGUUUUAGUGCCUUUUUCAAAAAACUUGACCAUGUCACAUAUCUGACAUAUUCUUCACUUGGUGAUCCAUUCAUUCUAGCCCAUACCUUUUGUUCUGUAAUUCGCACAACGCGUAGGGGAAGUACUUUCGAUCGAGUCCAUAUGCUUUGUUAUAGUAUGUUCACAAAGCGAAUUCGGAUUUGAAGAGAUUUUUGCGCAUGGAAACUAUGGAUACUGAUUCCUUGAAAGGAAGUCGUACAAGGAGGUUUCUUCAACUGGGAACGUUUGUUGUAUUUGUGUGGUGGGCAGCAGUAAUCAAGUCUGUUAGUGCAGUAUUCACCUUUAUAUUUGGUGCAGAUUAUAGACUUGCCAUGUUUGGCAAAAACAUAAAAAAGAACUUGUUUCUCCUUGAUGACAGUAUUGUAAUGACUAACAAUGGAUCAUAUGGUACACCUCCUAAGAAAGUCAAAGAAACACAGUGGAAGUAUCAGGAAGAGAUGGAAAGAUGUCCAGAUAUCUGGUUCAGAUAUAAGGUGCAAAAUCUCUGGAAUUCAUCUUUGGAAACUGUGGCCAAGUUUGUCGGAGCAAAUGUGAAAGAUCUUGUGUUUGUUGCCAAUGCCACGUCAGGAAUUAAUACAGUUUUGCACAGUGUUGAUUUUCAAGAGGGGGAUGGAAUCUUGAUAACAAAUCAGACCUAUGGUGCUGUCCAGAUGACAGCUCAGGAAAUCUGCCAAGAAAAGAAGGCAAAGUUGUUAGUGCUCAAUGUCACAUUUCCAACUUCAGACAUGACUGGUUCUGUAAAGUACCAAGUUACUGAAAUUGUGGAACACUAUGAAAAAGUUUUGCAGGAGAACAAAAAUGUAAAGCUGGUGAUCAUUGAUGCAAUCACCAGUAUUAGUGCAUUGAAGCUUCCAAUUAAAAAGCUAUCAGAGGUUUGUCAUAAGCACAAUGCUUUGGUGUUGAUUGAUGGAGCCCAUGCUCCUGGACAAAUCCCACUGGAUCUUGAGAGACUUGGUGCAGACUUUUUUUUGGGGAAUCUUCAUAAAUGGCUCUUUGCCCCUCGUGGCUGUGCUAUUCUAUGGGUGAGUCCUAAAUUCCAUGAUGUCAUUAUCCCUCAAGUUGUAUCAUGGUGCCAUGACAAAAGUCUUCAAGACAGGUUCUUUCAACAGGGCACUAUAGACCACACUUCUUAUACUUCAGCUGCUGCUGCUGUAAAGUUCUACAAAGAAGUUGGUGGCAUGGGUGCAAUCACAAAGUACAACAGCCAGCUUGCAUGCUGGGCAGCAACAAUGCUUGCUGAAACUUGGGACACAGAGGUUCUUCCCAUUCCCGAGUCAAUGCGUGCUCCAUUUAUGGCCGUCAUCCGCCUCCCAGGGGAGCUGUCUGCAGCCUAUGGAGCCACAAUGGAAGGAGCAGAGAAGAUGAUGUCUGAUGUAUACUACAAGUACAAUGUUAUUGCUUGUUUUGUCAGUAUUCAGGCAUCUUUGUGGUGUCGAGUGUCAGUUCAAGUGUAUAAUGUAAAGGAGGAUUACAUGCAGCUUGGUGAAGUGGUCCUUCAGUUGAAAGAGGAAUGUGCUAAUGGUUUUUGCCCAGAAGUGGAAAAGGCUGCUGAGCCUAACAGAUGGUCAUGGUGUGAAGACCCACAUUAAAGUUUCUUGAUAUGAGAAGUGUUCAGUUGAAAAGGAACACUGAGGCAUGAGACACAGAAUUUACUGUCACUGUUACAGUAAUGCUUAAAGCAAGGUCUUGGACUCUUCCAUUUAGUUAUUUGCUGCUCCAUUACAUACACACAAAAAUAUAUUUAUCUGGUUUUUUUUUUGUUUUUUUUUAAUUGAUUUUUGAGUUUGUUUGGAUGAACAGGCUCUAGAUGGUAGAUUGAGAAGAACUUUCUAAUAAACUUCAUAUGAUCUGAAAAGGACAAGAAACAGAUGAGCCAAAACAUCUUCUGAUUAUAAAACACAGAAGUUACAAUUAUUGUCCAAGAAACAACUUUAUUUAUUUAUAAUUCUCAAACCAAGGGCAAAGUUUGAUUUGUGUACAUUUCAGGCUUGCAAUUGAAAUGAAGACAUUUUCAAGUUUCAGUUUCAAUUGUAAUCUCAAAAUUACCUGAAGUUAAAAUGUGUAUCACAUGCACAAAACCUAGUUUGGUUAUUUUAUCAUUCAGAUUCCAUAAUCUGGUGCUGGGCAUGAAGUUUUAACGAACAAUAAAACUUGAAAAAUUGUGUACUUCCCCCUUGUGGUUUUCUUCAUGCUGUGAUUUAAGAAAACUGUUUGAUUCUAGGAACAGAUAAUGCCUGUGGGCAAAAGUUUGUGCACAUUUUUGUGCGAGAUGGAGACUAUUGGUUCUGAAUACAUAUACUCACAGUAUUAUACUAACCCGCGUUUUAACUAAUUCUCACUGGUGAUCUAUUGGAUAACAGGUACAGAGAUGACAUCACCGUUAAAAAGAUUUUCCUUUUUAUUAUACGAAACAAGUAGAUUCCAUGUUGUCAUUCAUCUGUUCAGUAAUAGAUCACUAUUUCUGACCAAUUACAAUACUCAUUAAAUGUAUAUCAAUUUGGUUGCUCUGUUUCACUUUUUCUGAUAGAGAACAGCUUAAAAAAGAGCACUAAAUCCUUUUUGACAUCUCAAAAACAACUGAAUUUUGGUUAAUUAUUGUUAGUGUUAUUACGCAACCACAAUCUAGCACGAUCAAGUUUCGUUCAUUGCACGUGUUUAUCUCGCCAGUGCUAGUUGUCGCUUUCGUUAGCCUCUUCGUUGUAUCCUUAUUUUUGAUUCCCUCCCCCGCGUCCCAGGGGGAUUUUAGUAUUCUACAAUUAAAUGAAAUUUUUCUGG